GAACAAGUUUAGGUAUAAGUAUUUUCACUGCCACUGCCUUGAAAUCCUUGAAUCGAAUGUCCGAAUUGCUUCUCAUAAUCUUCCUAUCUUGGCACAGGGAAGAUCAAAAAACUCGAUUGAAUCCCACACAAAAGUAAAGUCUGGCAGAGUGAGUGGACCGAGACCAAUAACAACCUUGAAAUCGUAAAUCAUAAAAAGUGUUCUCUCCGUCCUAAAAUGUUCGCCCCGUUUCUAAUUUACGAGAAUUUUCCCAUUUGAUCAACUCAAGCAAGCCCCGAUUUGCUGAGAUUCGAUUUCGAGGGUUUUGAGAAUUUGAGCAGUUCUCGGAUAUGGCAUUCUCUGUGGGCAAAACAGCUUUGUAUCCGUUCGGACGUGACACUCAGAUGAAUGCAGGUUCAUCAUCAUUUAGACGUGGAUUACAUAUUGAACUCGGUGCUCGCGAGAAAGCUCUUCUAGCAGAUGACCCUUCACUGAGGCGCUUUAAAUCAAAUUCAAAGAGCGUGCGGGCCCUCAGGAGGGUAGGAGACGCACUCACACUCGUGGUUGCAGCAGGAUGCUGCUAUGAAAUUUACGUGAAAGCCUUUGCGAGGGAAGAAACUCGAAAGGCAAGUGGAAGUGCAUAGUGUGUGAGAUUCCUUUUCACAUAUAAAAUCUGGUGCAGUCCCUCCAUUCUUUGUUUGGAAUAUAUGGGAAGGAAAUAAAACUGGAGAGGGUUAGUGUUUGAAAAUUUGUUGGAUUCUCUUGUUUUUAGUAAGGCUGUGUUUAGUUGCCCCUCUUUGAACCAGAUGUAAUUGUGAUUUCCAUACUGCUGCGUUUUGACCAUAGGAAAACUGCUUAUGGGUAAUUCCUUUUGGAAAACUGCUUAUGAGUAAUUUCAGCUUCAUUUUUAUGAAAAAUACAGUACGAAUUUCGAU